UUGGGUCGUCCCAAUGAUUCCGGAUUGCAAUGACUAUUUCACGAUAGCUAGUAGGGCCUGUCAAGGUGUGAAUUGUUUACGCAGGUGAAGUUGGAUUGACAGUUCUCGAUCAAACAAAGACACGGACAGAAGUAGCUUUUAAAGUCUGUUCGGGCUAUGACACAUUGCUGAAGAGAUAAUGGAGCCAACAGACCAUGCCACAGAAGCCGACCCCCUGAAGAGGGAGGAGGAUGGGGUUGAGGGCGGUGGAACGGCACCACCAGCGCAGACCAAGAAGAAGAGUUUGGGUCUGGCCAAGUUGUCCCACUGGAGGACGGCUGCCUUCUUCCUCUCCCUCUUCCUCUGCCUCAUCAUCGUCUUCGCCUUCUCUUUCAUCAUCCCCUGUCCCGUCCGUCCACAAUACCUCACCUUCUGGAACCGCACCUUCCCCCAAGCAGCCACCUAUGAUUUCCUGGCCAUUGAGGAUGCAAGCAAAGACAAAGUGAUGGACGUGUUGUUUGUCCUGAAGGCCCAGGAGGGCAGUCAGAACAUUAGUUGUUUUGCUGAAGGUCUGGACACACCUUGUGUGUUUGUGUCGGCGGUAGCAGGGACCAACGGGGAGACUCUGUGGGAGCGGCCCUUGGCCCCUGAGUUCCACUGGGCCCAGUGUGGUCUGGACGGCCUUGGAGAAACCAACAGGGGCUGCCUGCUGUCCCACUCCAACCAGCUCACUGCCAUCGACAAAUACACUGGAGUGGUGACGUGGGCGCGGCUCCAGCCUUCCAACCUGAGGAGUACCUUACCUGUCCUCAGUGUCUCAGACCUGGAUGGGGACGGGGUAAGCGACGUGGCUCUGGUGGCGCCCAGCCCAACGCAGACACAGCUGGUGAUCCUCUCAGGGAAGACCGGUGUCCAGAUUGGCUCAGAGGUGGUUCUUGACACCGCUGAGUGUGCCAUGCAUCUCCUCCAUUCCACAGGGAAAGGCUCCAACUAUGUACUGCUCCAGAAAGACUCAGGGUUGUAUGGCCUGGCCCUGUGGAGGAUUGCAGCCCAGGCUAAGGCAGGCAUGGAAAAAGGCCUCAAGAAGGACAAGCACUGGGAGCGCAAAGCCAAUGACUCCUCUGGCCUUGUAUCAAUCUAUGAGUCUGGGUCAUUGAGAUAUGUGUUAAGGAUAGGGAAGGCAGAUGGUCCCUCCAACCUGCUACUGGUCACUGGGGGUAGUGUGGUGCUGAUAGAUGGCGACAGUCUGAACUUACUGUGGAGAGUCAACACCAGCACAGUCCUCAGCGAGCCUUCUUUUGGCCAUUUCAACAAAGAUGGCACACUCGACAUAGUGAUCGAGGAGGACAUUGGCAACCGCAUUAAAAGGGUGGUGAUCCUGGACGGAAACACUGGAGGUACAGUGUGGGAGGUCAACCUACUGGCCAGCCCCAACUCACCCAAGCCAGCCUCAGUCAACACCAUCAACUCCUUCUCUGUGUUCAUGUUCUGGGGGCUGAUGCCCUCCGAGGCCAACGCUACAAGGGAUUUGAGUGAGGAGCGGCGCUCCUACAUGCUGUAUCCCCACUACUCCACAGUUCUCCUGGAGAAGAGCAACGUCAUGGACCACAUCAUCGCAUUCAAAGCCACCCUGUUGGAGCGGGGGCGCCACGCCUGCUACAUCAUGUUGACGGGGCCCGAGGGGGAGGGGACCGAGGGGACGGUGGACCUUAGCAAGCGCAAACUGAAACAGGACGUCACCGACAGCCGGGUCCUCCGCCUGGGCUCCAUAAGCAGCAAAGACACUAACGAGGAAAUCAAAGAGGCCUUCCAGAGACUGCGUUUCAGCGAUGAGUGACAGGCCACUGUUACCAUGACAACAUUGAUGCUGAUAUCGAAACUGUGUUACAAUAGAUAUGACAACCGUUACUGCUGACAAUCAACCAACUGUGUAGCUAUGGUUACCUUAAAGCUGACUACUAAACCUUCUUCUGCUGACCUUGUAUUCCGACUGUCCCAUCAUGACAAUCAGAUUAAUUUAGCUCAGUUCUCUUAGUGUGGAAAUAGGCACAGUAGCGGCAGACUUGGCUUUGGGUCUAUGCAACCAAUAACUGCACUAAUCACAGAAAACUGCCAGGGUAUACCAACCAGGCAAUAUGGUAUUAUGAGGUACUGUAUCUGAAUUAAUUUAUGCAGAACUAGUAGGCUACCGUGUGGGAUAGUUUUUAGAAACCUUUGCUGUAGCAACUUCAGCCUCUGUAAAGGUGGCUAAAGUGACUAAGCAUUUAUGUUAUGCAACAAAAAGAGGCACUAAAAGCCCCAAAGAGCUGCAUGGGCAACCCUGUGGUUAGUGGAAAUAUCUUAAGAGUACUGCUUCCAUAUAAAAUUACAAGUCAAAGCCUUAUAUUGUAGCCAGAGGUACUGUGGUAGAUGACAAUCAGAUGAAACUAGUAGCAGGUACAGUACUAUUCCAAGUUGCUGUAAAUUAGGGUAUUUUUAAAUGCACAUUGACAGAGCUGUAGGCCCUGUAUGAGGGACUCGAGCCUUGAAAGUUGAACGUUUCUGGUGAUCUGUGUUGACGUUCAAAUCAGGCAAAAGAUGACGGGAAAAGGAAAGCUUCAGAAAAUUCUUAUGGAUUACCCCCCCCCCCACCACCCCCCCAUCUCUUAAAAAAUAUAUAUAUGCUUUAAAGUGAUCUUGUAUGGGAAUGAGGGUUCAAUAGUUUGCCUUAUACAUGAAUAUAUUGAACCUUCUUUUUGAGAUUAUUUUUCCUUCUCAUUUGACUUAUCGAUUCAUCUCUAAAAACAUUUUUUUCCAGAUCUGCGUGAGCCGACAACUUGGGGUUCUAUUCAAUCCGUAUCACAGAAGUUCAGCUUUGCAGCGUGAUUGAAAUGUAAAGGCUUUGUUCGUGCUUUAGCGGAAACUGCAUUCACGGUAAGCGCUACAUGUUGGCUCAAUUGGAAAUGACCUUUACAUUUCUAUCGCUGAAUUUGCAACUAGAAAUAACUAUUGGUUUUCUGGUUCGUUAAAGAGCUAAACGUAGAUAUGUUUUUUUUGGGUUAAUAAAUUAGACCAUGCCCAUUUCAAGCUUAUCUUUCAAAAAAAAAGUUACAUCAGAAUAUUUAGCUAAGUUAGCUGGCUAACUCAUUGAUCCUAUUUUGUAGUAUACCCCCCCAGCUCUCGAAGUCCCUGACUUAAGUCACAACUGAUACGCAACUACAGCUGUGUAGUUGCGUAUCAGCCAGACUAGGUGGAACUGCAUGAGCCGUCAAAUCCGCAAGCUGCUCCAAGCAUAACUGGUGCCACAUUCAAAACAACUGGGAACUUGGAAAUGGCCAACUUCAGUGCAUUCAAAACAACUGAACUCGUAAAAAAAAAAAAACAAGCUCCGACUGGGUAAAAAUUGAUUUGAAUGGUCAUUCAGCUCGGAAUUCCAACUCGGGAACUCUGGCCUCAUUCUAGAGCUCUGACUUUCUGACCUAAAGAUCACUGAAGUCAUGAUUUGACCUCUUAUUUUUCCAAGUUCCCAGUUGUUUUGAACACAGCAUGGCAACUCUGGAAAAAUACGAGGUCAAAUCAUGAUGUCUGCAGUGGUGGAAAAGGUGCUCAAUUGUCAUACUUGAGUAAAAGUUAAGAUACCUUAAUAGAAAAUGACUCAAGAAAAAGUGAGUCACCCAGUAAAAUAUUAGAGUAAAAGUAUCUGGUUUUAAAUGUACAGUAGUUGAAAAAGUACUCAAUUGUCAUAAGUAAAAGUUGUACGUACAUUUUUUUAUAUUAAGCAAACCCAAUAUCACAAUUUUCUUGUUUUUUUUAAAUUAUGUACAAUCAGGGGAACACUCCAACACUCAUAAUUUACAAACGCAGUAUUUGUGUUUUGUGAGUUCACCAGAUCAGAGGCAGUAGGGAUGACAAUGCGUUGUAUUGAUAGGUGCUUGAGUUGGACCAUAAUGCUGUCCAGCAUGAGCAUUCUCAAUAUAAAGAGUAGUCUACUUUUGGGUGUCCGGGAAAAUGUAUGAGAGUAAAAACAAAGUACAUAUUUUCUUUAGGAAUGUAGGGGAGUAAAAUAUGUCAAUAGUAAAGUACAGAUAGCCCCAAGAAAUGACUUAUGUAGUACUUCAAAGUAUUUUUUAUUUUGUUACUUUACACCACUAGAUGUCGGUGAUAUCCAGGUCGUAAAGUCAGACCUCUAGAAAGGGGCCGAGUUCCCGAGUUGGAUGACCGUUCAAAACUAUUUUUCCCAGUCAGAGCAACAAAAAAUGUGAGUUCCCAGUUGUCUUGGACGCAACAUAUACCUAUAGCGGACAUUGGCUAAAGCAUAAAUCAUAGUCCACAGACGCAAGGACGCGAUAGUCCUGCUUCCCAUUAUAACAUAGCUACAUGUCUCUAGCACCAUCAUCCGCGGGGGAUUUACAGCUCGAACGAGCACCUCCCCACAAUGCCCAACCAACGCGACUCCCGGUAUCUGUCUUCUACUCAUUAGAAUGAAUGAUGCAAUGAUUCACCACGCUGUACUUGCUUGUUUUGUUACAUGAACUAAAAUGAGGCUCUAGGUGAAUUAAGAAUUUUAGCAACCAGGAAAUGGCGCAGUGAUUUCUGCAUAUUGUACCUUUGACACGAGUGGGAUGGUUGUGGCUUCAUGACAAAUCACAAGAACCUGCAGACUGAUUUGAAAUCUCCAGCUCAGUUACACCGUCAAAACGUUGGUGUCUGCUAUUGCCGGUUAAUGCUUGAUCUGAUUUGAAUCUAGGCCUAAAUUAUGUUGCAAUUUCAAAUAUUAUAAAUUGAAUUAGAAAAAGUACUUCAUGAAUGAAGCUGUGUUAUGGUGGAAAGCGAGUUUGAAAACAGGAUACAUAUUAGUGGUUACUAUACACAAUGACAGUGUAUAGUUUGGUCUAUAGCAUAAUCAUUUACUCCAUUUACUUAUGUUAAAGAAAGGGAAGUACGGAAUUGUAACAGCAAAUCCACUAAUCUACAUGGGUUGACUAGGGGUCGUUCACAUCUCACUAGGGCCAGCUUUAUUACUUCAUCAAUGGGCGCAUUCGAGUGGAUCACUUUUUUCAAGGCGUUGACUAACGCCUUUCAAAGUGUGUUGCAUUAUGGGUAUAAAAAUGGUCAGACUUGCGACUACAACAACCAAACGUCAUGCACUUUCGACUGCAGUCGACUAAAUAUCUGCAGUUUCUCUGCAGAACCAAAGCUUUGUGGGAGACAACCUUUUUCUGUUUUCUUGGAAGCAAAAGGCACUACAUGCUCAUAAAUGGUUGAUGUGGCCACCUAUCAUUGGUUAUUAUCAAUGCAUGUUUACUUUUCUGGGUGGAUGACUAUUUAGCAUUUAAAUACAUUUUUAUUCUUACAGUUGAAUUACAGAGGCAUAUACAUGUGAUCCAAAUUUCUAGCAUAAAUAAAUUAAAUAUCCUGCUCAUGACAAUAUACCUAAUGUAUUUAUCUAGAUCUUACUGUAAUGUUGUCCAAUGUUAUAGCCUACAAUUUGUCUUGUCUGCAAUAUUGCUUUCACCAAACAAAUUCAAAUGUCUUGAUCAUCUAUUAAGUGUGUUAAUAAAAUGGAAUACACUGAACAAAAAUAUAAACGUAAAGUGUUGGUCCCAUGUUACAUGAGCUGAAAUAGAAAAUCUAAUUUUCGUUAAACACAAACUGUAUUUCUCAUGUUGUGCACAAAUUUGUUUACAUCCUCGUUAGUGAGCAUUUCUCCUUUGCCAAAAGAAUUUAAUGUUAAUUUCUCUACCAUAAGCUGUGUCCAACAUUGUUUUGGAGAAUUUGGCAGUACGUCCAACCGGCUUCACAACCGCAGACCACGUGUAACCACGCCAGCCCAGGACCUCCACAUCUGGGUUCUUCACCUGCGGAAUAGUCUGAGGGGGGUGGGGUGCUGAGGAGUAUUUCUGUCUGUAAUAAAGCCAUAUUGCGGGAAACAACUCAUUCUGAUUGGCUGGGCCUGGCUACCCAGUGGGUGAGCCUGGCUGCCAAGUGGGUGGGCCUAUUCCCUCCAAGGGCCACCCAUCGCUGCACCCCUGCCCAGUCAUUGGUAAUCCAUAGAUUAGGGCCUUAUGAAUUGAUUUAAAUUGACUAAUUUCCUUAUAUGAACUGUAACUCAGUAAAAUCUUUGAAAUUGUU